AGCGCAGCCAUCGCUUCUUGUCGCUCUCGCUCUCUCUCUCUCUCUCUCUCUCUCUCUCUCUCUCUCUCUCUCUCUCUCUCUCUCUCUCUCUCUCUUCUCUGCGCCUGUCUACGCCUCUACAGUAUAGCGUUUGUUCAAUUCCUUACUCCCUCUCUUUCGCUCGCUCGCUUGCUCUGAAACUGAGAAAAGGAAAGAGAGUAUCUUGACCCUGGGCAGCGCGAGCUUCCCCAGCCCUGUACUGUUGUCUUCCUUCCUCUCUCUCUCUCUCUCUCUCUCUCUCUCUGCGUAUUCCUACACCUAUAUUCAAUCCGGACGUGCUGUAUACAAGCAUUAUAUAUACGCGCUGCUAUAGUUUCGUACGCUCUCUCUAUCCCUCUCUUGAACUUUGACAAUGGUCAGCAGCAGCCGAGCCGCUUGUCAACAUUCGCCGUGGCGACAUGGAAUUUCCCCAGCGCCGCACGUUUGCUGAGCUCUCCUGACACAAACUAGAAAACUUAUUCUCUUUAAAUAUUUUUUAGACGUUUUGCCCAAGAUUGUUUGAGCCAAAAUGGCUCUGCGAGACUUAGUGGAAGGCGAUUGUGGAGGCCCCAGCCCCCUAAUACGUCUGACUUCUCAUUUUGUAAAGGACCAUGGCCUCAAAGAAGAGGGUGUACGAGACCUAUUUGGUAACGUGGGUCCCUUCGAGGCUGGUAAUCCAGAUCAACUGGUCAAACAGUUCCUCGAAGAAAGCUCUGGCCAUCCACAGACCUUCAAAAUGGAAAAUCUUCUGCAGGAGAUGAGAGAUAUUGACCAGAGUAUAUAUCCACCUGUCACAGCACCUGGGGUUGUAGAAGAGUUGACCAACCAGGAUACUGCUUGGGCUAAUCAGUAUCUCCAGUCUGGUGGACACUUUCAAGAAACUCACACAGACGAUAUAUGGAAUAAUCAACCUAUAGUUUCCAAUGCCAAAGUUGCCUUCCUAGGGGAAACUCACGAACUGGGACUUGGACCCAAGUGGGCUGAAGAAUACCUAGAACAUAGCAUCGACCACCCGGAUGCAGCUGCUGCUAACUCUGAAAACCCAGACUUUGCGUACUCAAAAUUUAUGAAGUUCAUGCGACAAGAAGGGGAUCUUCCAAUAGAAACGACAGCGCCCGUUUCGAAUAUCGAAAAAUUAGAUAGUAAAUGGACGUCAGAAUUCACUGAAACGGAAAGCACAAAGCCAUUGGAGACGGUUAGUGGUGAAUCCAAGGAAGAUGAUGCGAAGAUUUUAAGCGCUAUUGACGAACAAUCUGCCGUUGCCGGAAGUUGGAUCAAUGAAUUUACGAAAAAUAACCCCACAAACCAAGAUGCUGAAAAUUUCGAAUCAUCGUUCUGGGAGCGCCUGCAGGGUGAGUGGGAUAAGCUGUCAUCGGCAGACAACGUGUCCUCGAGUCACCCCUGGAUCAGCGAAUACGAGAGUUUUUACGACCCGUACAAGGAGUACACGUUCAAUGAGGAGAAUCCUAUGACAAAUUUAUCGAAUCCGCUUGAGGAAGGUAAGCGACGACUAGAAAGCGGCGAUCUACCUGGUGCUGUGCUCUGCUUCGAGGCGGCAGUAAAACAGGAUGAUCAGAACUCAGAGGCCUGGCUACAUCUUGGCAAGACACAAGCCGAGAACGAGCAGGAUCCACUGGCCAUUUCUGCGCUCAAGCAGUGUCUUACUCUUGACCCGACGAACUUGACCGCCCUCAUGGCACUCGCUGUCUCCUACACGAAUGAGUCUUAUCAGAGUCAGGCAUGUCUUACGCUUAAGGACUGGUUGUUGAAGAACGAGAAAUACAAACACCUGAAGUCUUCGAAACCGAUUGUUGAACCGCCACCGCAGAUAGGCGUCUCGACCAUUUUAUUCAACAAUGUCCACGAAGAAGUUAAGGAUUUAUUUAUCCAAGCUGCUCGAAUGCAGCCACAUGACACAAUUGACGCUGACGUUCAAUGCGGACUCGGCGUUUUAUUCAAUCUGUCCUGUGAAUAUGAUAAAGCUGCAGAUUGCUUUAGAGCCGCGUUACAAGUCAGGCCUAAGGAUCCAAUGUUAUGGAAUAGAUUAGGAGCAAUUUUGGCAAACGGCCAGCGUUCAGAAGAGGCAAUAGAUGCCUAUCAUCAAGCGCUACAACUCUCGCCAGGUUUUAUUCGCGCUAGGUACAACCUUGGCAUCUCGUGCAUCAAUUUAAAUGCCUACAAGGAAGCGGGAGAGCAUCUAUUGACUGCGUUAAACCAACAAGCUGCUGGAAGAGGUGCAUCUGGAGAGAGAGCUCCGGUGAGAGUAAUGUCAGAUACGAUUUGGUCGACGCUACGAUUAGUUUUAUCAUUGAUGCAUAAAUAUCACUUAAACGAAGCUAUCGAAAACAGGGAUCUAGCGAGGUUGAACAAAGAAUUCGAUAUGGAUUAGGGCAAAAAAGCAAUAAAAAAAAUCACGACAGAUACAUUUUUAAUUAAUAUGAAUUUACGUAAAUCGCAUGACAUGCACUGGUUUCGGGAAGUUCACUGUUUAUCGUAAACCAAUGCAGAACAUGCUUUUUUAUAACAAAAUCUGAGUUAUGUUUAUUUUUUAUUUUUUGUUAUUACAAAAAACACAUUCAACCACGCGUACACUUCGGGUAACAUACCAGAUUAGCUAAAUUUGUUAAUAAAUCAUCUUCCAAAUAUAUUUUUUUCAUUAAAAACGGAAAUUAGCCAUAUUAUUUUUAAAUAAAUUCGUUUUGGAAGGAUUUACUACGUAUAAUUUAGGGAGAUAUGGUAUCGAAUCGUAAUCGACAUUGAACUUUGUAAAUAAAUAUUUUUAAUAAAAAAAAAAGCAAAAAAAAUUGUCGUAUACCGGCAAAACAAAAAAA